GAGUCGGGUAUAUUAGCCAGAAAACGUUUCAGAUGAAGUCACUUUCAAACUGCUUUUGGGCGUUGUUGACUUGGGGAAGAACAAUUCAGUGGUGUCGCUGAAUUUGUCUACAUUAUUCGGAGGUUUAAAUGCGUCUUUUUACAUUAACCAUGCGAUCCAGGCACCUUCUCAGAUCGAGUGUUAAAAGUUACAUUAAUGAUUUUGUCUGAACGCUGCAACGAAGAACAGGACCCGAAACUAAAACAGCUGCAAACCCUAACUUCACAAAUUUGCUUUCUACAAACCACGCCCAUUUCUCAAAACACUUGGAGAAGGACGCAGUUGAAUUUGAACUCCCAUGAUGAUGUGGUCCGUUAAGUAAAUAUUUACUUUACAAUUUCACGGCUGGCAGAAAUGUCAGUUUAUCUUCGCUAGCACGUUCAGCCCCGUUAUUCACUGAUUCACCCAGGAUUUUCGCUUCUCUGGUAACAUUUCUCAGUUACUUUCGCCAUUUUUUGGAGACUGACGCUGUUAUUUUGCGAUAAGCUACUUUGUAUGCUGCUUCGCACCACUUGUCACAGUUUCAAUACCCCGGCUUGUAGUGUGCAGAAGAAGCCACAAGUAGGCCAGUCCAGAUAACUAGUAAUGGUGAAUAAAGAGCAAAGUGACAAACAGCAAGUGGUCAAAUCAGACUAUAAUCCUAGCGAUGGCUCCCAAGGAAGUUCACGCAGUUCAACUCCUGGCCCUGACUCUGACCGACUCCACGAAAAGAUGCUUCGACGUAUUGAAUCAGGAGACAAAUGGUUCUCCUUGGAGUUCUUCCCUCCUCGAACUUCAAGUGGUGCUGUUAAUCUGAUCUCCAGGUUUGAUCAUAUGGCUGUUGGUGGACCACUCUUCAUUGAUGUAACCUGGCAUCCUGCUGGGGACCCUGGCUCUGACAAAGAGACUUCCUCUAUGAUGAUAGCUAGUACAGCGGCAAAUUACUGUGGUCUGGAGACUUUGCUGCACAUAACCUGUUGUAACCAAACCGAGGAUCAGCUCUCACAGCACCUACACAAGGCUCGGAAUCUUGGUCUGAAGAAUAUACUUGCGCUCCGUGGUGAUCCCAUGGGUGAUGAGUGGAAGAUUGAAGAAAAAGGAUUCAAUUACGCCAGUGAUUUGGUCAAGCAUAUUCGCUCAGAGUUCCAUGAUUACUUUGAUAUCUGUGUUGCUGGUUACCCAACAGGACACCCAGAAUGCAACAGUUAUGAGGAUGACCUCAUACACCUGAAGGCAAAGAUAGAUGCUGGUGCAGACUUUAUUAUCACUCAACUCUUCUUCAAACCUGAAACCUUCAUUACAUUUUUCAAGGACUGUCGUGCAAUGGGAAUUACUUGUCCUAUUCUGCCAGGAAUCUUCCCCAUUCAGGGGUAUCACUCAUUGCGACAGCUGGUCAAGCUUUCCAAACUCCAAGUGCCACAGGAAAUCAAAGAUGUAAUUGAACCAAUCAAAGAUAAUGAUGAUGCCAUUAGGAAUUAUGGUAUUGACUUGGCCACUGACAUGUGCAAGGUUCUGUUGGAAUCAGGUUUGGUGCCAGGGCUCCAUUUCUAUACCCUGAAUCGAGAGGUGGCAACUGUGGAGAUUCUGAAACGACUGCGGCUCUGGAAUGAGGACCCUAGGCGUGCCUUGCCAUGGAUUACCAGUGCCAAUCCAAAGCGAAAGGUUGAGGAUGUUCGUCCAAUAUUCUGGGCUUCAAGGCAGAAGAGUUACAUCUACAGAACUCAGGAUUGGGAUGAAUUUCCCAAUGGAAGAUGGGGGAACUCAUCAUCUCCUGCAUUUGGUGAGCUGAAUGAUUAUUAUCUCUUCUAUCUGAAGAAUGACUGCCCCAAAGAGGAGCUGCUGAAGAUGUGGGGGGAGGAGCUAGUAGAUGAGAAAAGUGUCUUUGAUGUUUUCACAGCGUAUAUCACUGGGGAAUCCAACAGCCGUGGGGAAAAGGUGACCUGUCUGCCCUGGAAUGACGAACCUUUGGCACAAGAAACAUCUCUGAUGAAAGAAGAACUGGAGAAAGUGAAUCGGAUGGGAAUUCUCACAAUAAACUCCCAGCCUAACAUCAAUGCUCGUCCAUCAACUGACCCCAUUGUGGGCUGGGGACCAGAGGGAGGCUUUGUUUUUCAGAAGGCUUACCUUGAGUUUUUUACCUCUUCUGAAAAUAUACCUACUCUACUUAAAGUUCUAAAGAAUUACAAAACACGCGUGAACUACCAGAUUGUAAAUGUGAAGGGUGAAAACAUAAAUAAUGCCUUUGAUCUGCAGCCAAUUGCAGUCACAUGGGGGAUUUUCCCUGGACGUGAGAUAAUUCAACCAACAGUGGUUGAUCCUGUCAGCUUCAUGUACUGGAAGGAUGAAGCCUUUGCCCUGUGGAUUGAACGAUGGGCCAAAUUGUACCCAGCAGGAUCUCCCUCUCGACAGAUAGUUCAGGACAUCCACGACACCUAUUAUCUGGUCAAUCUCGUGGACAAUGAUUUUCCAUUUGAAAAUUGUCUCUGGCAGGUUGUUGAUGAUCUCUUCAAGUUAAAAGCAUCUGAAAACACUUGUGGGACAGCGACUUGUGAUGUGCCUGUGGAACCGUGAAAUGGCAUUGUGCAGGAUGACUAACUGACAACUAGACUUUGUUCAGGGAGAAAAUCUCACCCAAUCUCCUAUGUACUAGCCAGAAUCUUUCUUCUCGUGGCAUGGACUUUUACUGUAGUAUUUGAUUCUGUUUGCUGUGACAACUGCAAUAUUUUCGCAGCUCUCUGAGUGCAAGCACUGGGAUGAGUGAGGUCGUGGUUCAGGUUAAUGUGGAGAUUCUGUUUACUAUUUCUCUGCAUUCUUAUGGUUUGAUGGGGCAGUGUUUGAAUCUGAAAAUGCAUCAAAUGACUGUUAUUCACAUAGAGAUGAUAAUGAAUCAUAGAACCGGACAGAAAAAGGGGUAUCGCUUCUGAAACUCUCUUUCUCUAUUCCAUAUCAGGAAGUGUGCUGUCUAAAAUACAGCAGACUAACCAGACCAGAAAUAGCAUGCCCAUGUGUACUCACUAGUCUGUAUCUUCCCUGUACUAGGCAGUCACUGACAUACUAGGCUUCAUGAAGAAAUACUGUUCAUAAGAAAUUAUUUCACUCCAAAGGAAAAAGGGAUCAGGAAUGAGCAUUAGAAAAGUGGCUUAAACCUUUAUACAGUUUACGAUUUGCACAAUCUGGAGAACAACUGACUCUAACUGUUAUUCACCUUCACAGUUCUGACUCCUGUUUUUAAGCUCUCUGAAAUGAAGUAGAACGACAAAAUUUUUUUUGCAGCAACAAGCUAUUGAUUUUGUACACAUCCAUUUGUUUAAAAAGCACUCCUAAUCUUGAUUUAAGCUAAGUUUAGGAAUCAGUCUUAACAGAGAAGUUAGCACCAAGCUUGAGCUGCGAAAUUUAGUGAUCAGUAUUGUUGCAAAUAAAUACAUUGCUGAAAGCUGAAACUUCAUAAAGAUCUAUUAUGACAAUCUGCAAAAAUAUGACCAUGAGCUUGUGCUGUGACAAUGGCAACUGUGAGCAGCUCUGGGAACUGCAGGGAUUCCUGGAGCCCAUGCUGUACAUCAGAAAAGCGAUACUAUAAGUGGUUGGACGUGAAAGUAGUCUGCUUUCUUGCUGUGAAAUGAUCAAAUCUUCAAAGCAAUUACAAAGUGUCUCCUUGUCUCAGUGAUGGCACUCUUCUUUAAAGCAUGAACUUGCAGACUUCAGAAACACAAAAUUAUUGUGGUGCAGCAGGUCAUUUCAGACCAUGGUAUCUGCACCUUCUUCCCACACAAACAUUUCAGUUGGUGCCAUUCUCUUGUAACCCUACAGACUGUUAAUGUUUUGGCAACAGUCUUGUUCCUCUUUGAAGGCUUUGUCCAGACUCAUGGUUUUGAAUACCUCUACCAGAUUUCUUCUUAACCUACUGGAAACAUUUCUCCAAAAUCUUCUCUGCAAUCUCUUCAAAUGCCCUUUACAUCUGUCUAGUGUGACACUCAGUCCUCCAGUUGAAGUCAAGAUGUGUCUAAUGCAAGUUUAAUGCAACAUCCUUUGAUGUUUUACUUUAAGCCCCAAUUAACAAAGCCUACAGUACUGUAAUUAACCAAAAGUACUAUUAUUGCUGCUGAGUCAAAAAGACCUACCCCCAAACUGGUCUUCUCACUAAACUCUUAACUGCUGACAUGGCAAGAAGGAGGUAUCUAUCCUGGGCCAACUUGCCCACUUAUUUGCUUUUCUCAUCAGCACCUUUCCUACCACCAGGGAGGGGAAAGUUGUAUCCUAGGUCAUGAAUGGUUGAGGAAAUCCAUUAGAAACCUUCCUCCAGCCUGAAAACCAUCCAUUUACCACUUAUCUUUGUUACCCCUCACAGCCAAUUUUGUUUCCUUGUUGUUACUGUCCCUUUUAAUCCACAAAUUACAACUGUUCAAGUCUGGUAUUUGUCAAGUUUCCUUAAGUUCCAACAGUGAAUACAUUUUCUGAAGUAAAAGAUUGAUUGUAAAGUCCUUUGGGAAGUCCUAAAGUUGUUAAAGAUGCUAUGAACUAUACUAAGUUCCUGAGGCUUUAGCGGUAGAAAACCCUAGCACCAGGAAUUAGCAGGUUGUUGCUGAAUAGAUUUCUACUUGUUUAAAGCAUGAACUGGGGUUUUAUUUUGAGCAGAAAUUUGAAUAUUCUACGUGGGAUGAACAUAUUUUGUGACGUUUGGUGCUUAUAGCUUUUUAUAGACGGGAAGGAGUUCUGCUACAACAUAAAUUGUUUUUAGGAUCAUCAAUAAGGUCAAGUUUUAAAUAUCCAUGCCACCAUUGAACAGAUGUGGGGUGGGGGAGGUGCAGAAUGUGGAGAAAUAGUGUGUGAAAGUUCAGGCAGCCACAGUAUUUUUUCAUUUGUAUUCUUAAAAACAAAGCACUGAACAGUGUUAGACACAUUUUGUACAAUAUUUAAGCUUUGUAGAAGUACAUGUAAAAAUAGACAGAAGACAAUCUACUAAUCUGUUAUGUUGCUUCAUGCAGAUAUGGUCUCGUUCUCGACUUUGAGUCAGAAAUUCCCAGUUUGAGUUCUAACCCAGGACUUGAUAGUCAAACAAGGUGUGUUCACAACCCAGGCAAACAGACUGAGAAUUAAUUUAUAAGUUGUUCCAACACAUACAGGGGUUCCUCAUGAGCCAUGUGAUGGAAAUAAAGUUACAGCAUCCAUAAUCA